CCCGGCUCUAUAAUCCUAUAAUCUCACUCACCAUGAAAACCACCACUUACAACACAGACUGGGCUGCCGAGAAGACGAAAAUUCGCAGUUUCUUCGACGAAUACUAUGUGGACAAUGAGGACGGAUCUGGAAAGGCAUUCCCAUAUCGUGAUCAAGUCUUUGAAAUUGCUCGCCGCGACAAGCAGGCAAUCGUUGUGAAUGUUGACCAUAUUAAGGAAUCUGAUAUUCCAGAUGCUCUUGAACUCUCAGAAGCCAUUACUUCCAAUACAAAGAGAUACGAAGUCCUGUUCAAGGACACAAUUUCGGAUAUGAUCCAGGACUAUCUCGGAGACAAGCAAGCGCCAGUAAUCGAUGCUCUUGAUGCCUACAUGUUCCAGCGUCUUCAUAUGGAUAGGAACGAGGGAGCCGCCAACGAGGAAGUUUCUCUUCAGGACAAACGCAAGAAAUACCCACCACAGCUCCUUCAACGCUUCGAGGUCUACUUCACAACGGACGAUGCCGCCCAUGAAACGUGUGUCCGAAACAUCAAAGCCACCGAGAUCGGGCACUUGGUCUCCAUGAAGGGAGUUGUUAUCCGUGCGACCGAGGUGAAACCUUGUGUUGAAGUCAUGACCUACACUUGCGAUACUUGUGCCGCCGAAGUCUAUCAGCCUGUGAAGGGAAUGCAAUUCACCCCACCGGUCAACUGUCCCAACAAGGAAUGCGUUGAGGCAAAAGCCAACGGAAGACUUCACAUGCAGCUUCGUGGAUCGAAAUUCGUCAAGUUCCAAGAGCUCAAAAUUCAAGAGCUCAGCGAGCAAGUCCCAGUAGGAUCGAUUCCUCGCACAAUGACUGUUCACGUUUACGGGGAGAUGACGAGAAAGUGCAAUACUGGAAAUGUCGUGCAUGUUUCUGGAGUAUUCUUGCCAAUUAUGCAGUCUGGCUUCCGACCAACUGGAGGACUCGUUGCCGAUACCUAUUUGGAAGCUCACUACAUCAACAAUCUUGACGACAACCCAACUUUCAAUGGAGUUCAAUCCGCCGAACUGGAAGUUCUCCGUCGCAAAGGAGACAACUACGAAACUCUUGCCGCCUCCAUCGCUCCGGAAAUUUUCGGCCACGUUGAUGUUAAAAAGUGCCUUUUGAUGGCUCUCGUUGGAGGAAAUGACAACAGCUCGAACGGAAUGAAAAUUCGUGGAUGCAUCAACGUUCUGAUGAUGGGAGAUCCAGGAGUUGCUAAAUCUCAACUUCUCGGCUACGUGAACCGGUUGGCUCCACGAUCUCAGUACACUACUGGUCGUGGUUCUUCUGGAGUUGGUCUCACGGCCGCUGUGAUGAAGGAUCCCGUCACUGGAGAGAUGUCUCUCGAGGGUGGUGCCUUGGUGUUGGCCGACGGAGGAAUUUGCUGCAUUGACGAGUUCGAUAAGAUGAUGGAUCACGAUAGAACUGCGAUCCAUGAAGUUAUGGAGCAGCAGACCAUCUCGAUUGCCAAAGCUGGAAUCAUGACGACACUCAACGCUCGUACGGCUAUCAUCGCCGCUGCCAAUCCAGCCUACGGAAGAUAUAACCCAAAUCGUUCCAUUGAGCAGAACGUUGAUCUUCCAGCUGCACUUCUCUCCCGUUUCGAUUUGAUUCUUCUCAUGCAGGACAAGGCUGAUCGUGAGAACGACAAGAUUCUCGCUGAGCACAUCACAUAUGUUCAUCAGCACGGUUGCCAUCCAAAUCGUGAGAAGAAGGAUCUCAUCUCGCUUGAGACACUUCGCGAGUACAUUUCUCUUUGCAAGACGUAUACUCCAACUGUCGAUCCAGCUCUUCGAGAACGUAUUGUCGAGGCAUACGUUGAGAUGCGCAGAGAUGCUAGAUAUUCGUCCGAUCCAACAUUUGUGUCGCCAAGAAUGAUUCUAGGAAUCGUCAGAAUGGCGACAGCUCGUGCUAAGCUUCGUCUAUCCACGAUUGUCGACGAAAGUGACGUUGAAGAAGCUCUCCGUUUGAUGCAAUUCGCUAAGGACUCGCUCAGACCAGAACAGAACAAAAUUGAGAAGCGCAUGGCUCCAGUCGAUGCUGCAUUCGCCGUUCUUCGUGAGCUCUACCAUGCCGACAACGCCCCGAUCGCCAUCUCAAACGCCAUUCAAAGAUGCGCUCGCAAGGGAAUCAGCGAGGUUGCUCUCAAGAAAUGCCUGGAUCAAUACACUGCUAACGGUCUCUUGGUCAUGGAUCGCCAGAACAUUGUGUUCGCUAUGAAUUAAAAUUAAUUGUAUAAUUUCGACGAAUUGCCUUUUUAAUUUUCACCCCCUCCCACAUUUAAUCACACACUAUCUAAAUAACUAUCGUAAGAUUGUACUAUGUUUGACAAUUUUCACAAUUUUUUCCUUCAACACAUUCGUAUUCUGAUCUCAAAUUUUUUUCGUUGUUUUUUUUUGUUUCGCCUUUACGGAGAAUGAUGCCGAUGAGCAUAAUAAAUUGAUUAUGG